GUAGGAUUCAGUUGCGCUUACACGUUUUUCAUUAAAUCUGAGUCAAAAUUAGUGAAAUAAUGGUGUUUUGGCUGAAGGAAGUCAUCGUUUCGGUUCAAUUUAUUGGUGGUUGAUGUUUUUGCAUUCUAGUGGUAGUUACAGGGUGACCUCAUGCUGAUUUUUUAUAGCACACGAAUGUGAUUUUCCUAGACAGUGUUGCACAAGAGGAAGUGAAAUAAAAAGCCAUGUCUGUACUCCUGCUCCUCGCGCUGUUCAGCUCGGCCCAGGGUUUCCCACAGAAGCCGAACCUGGACGCCAUUUUGAACAGAAGAACAGACGUCUACAUCGCCGGCUUCUUUCCCUUCGGCAAAGGAGUUGAGAACUCUAAUACUGGUCGAGGGGUGAUGCCCAGCGUGAAGCUGGCCCUGGACCAUGUCAACGAACACGACUCCGUGCUGAGGAACUAUCGGCUGCACAUGUGGUGGAAUGAUACUGAGUGCAACGCCGCGGUAGGUGUGAAGUCAUUCUUCGACAUGAUGCACAGCGGCCCACACAAGCUGAUGCUGUUCGGAGCCGCUUGCACCCAUGUCACGGACCCCAUCGCCAAGGCCUCCAAACACUGGCAUCUCACCCAGCUGUCGUACGCAGACACCCAUCCGAUGUUCACGAAGGAAGCCUUUCCCAACUUCUUCCGCAUCGUGCCCUCGGAGAACGCGUUCAAUCUGCCGAGGAUCAGGCUGCUGCAGCACUUCAACUGGACUAGAGUUGGAACUAUCUAUCAGAAUGAACCUCGAUAUGCUCUGGCCCACAACCGUCUUCUCGCCGACUUAGACACCAACGGGUUUCUCAUUGAAGAGACUCAAAGCUUCGCCACAGAAGUGAAGACAGCGUUAGCCAAGCUUAAGGAGAAGGAUGUCCGGAUUAUCCUGGGCAAUUUCAACGAGACCUGGGCGUUACACAUCUUUUGCGAGGCUUAUAACCUAGAGAUGUAUGGACGAGCAUACACGUGGUUGCUCCUGGGCACGUACAGCAACAAGUGGUGGAUGAGACACGCGCCAUGCUCCAAGAAGAAUCUCACCACGGCUCUCGAUACCACCAUACUGACGGACCUGUUGCCGCUAUCCACUACUGGCGAGAUGACUGUAUCAGGGAUUACAGCAAAAGACUACCAAGUAGAAUAUGAUAGAAGAAGAGGCUUGGAAUACUCAAGAUUCCAUGGUUACACCUAUGAUGGUAUAUGGGCGAUGGCAUUAGCGAUACAGACGGUGGCACAAAGAGUAAGGUCGAAGUAUAAAGAGAAAACCGUCCAGGACUUCAAGUAUAGAGACAAGGAGUGGGAGCAGUUGUUCCUGGAUGCUCUCAGUAAUGUCACGUUUGAAGGAGUUACGGGUCCAGUUCGUUUCUACGAUAACGAGCGCAAAGCCUCGAUCCUGCUGAAGCAGUUCCAAGGUGACGGGACUGGAGAGGUCAAAGUUGGAGAGUACUGCGCUGAGAGAGACCACCUCGACCUUGCCAGUGGGGAGCCUUUCAAGUGGUUUGGCAAGAACCCUCCAAAAGACCGCACGCUCCGUCUGAUCGAGCACACACAGGUGAACAUCACCAUCUACUCCAUUCUGGUGUCAUGCUCCGUGCUGGGCAUCCUGCUCGCCACCGGCUUCCUCGCCAUGAAUAUACACUACAGGAAUCAAAGGUACAUAAAAAUGUCAUCUCCUCACCUGAACAACCUGAUCAUCGUAGGGUGUAUGCUGACGUACCUGAGCGUGAUCUUCCUCGGGCUGGACUCCAGCCUCAGCAGCAUCGCGGCAUUUCCGUAUAUCUGCACGGCUAGAGCUUGGCUGUUGAUGGCAGGAUUCAGCCUUGCCUUUGGUGCCAUGUUCUCCAAGACCUGGCGAGUCCAUUCUAUCUUCACUGAUGUUAAGUUGAAUAAGAAGGUCAUCAAAGAUUACCAGCUCUUCAUGGUGGUAGGAGUACUGUUGGCGAUCGACCUGGCCAUCAUGACAACCUGGCAGGUUUCAGACCCCUUCUAUCGGGCUACCAAGCAGAUGGAUCCAUAUCCACAUCCUUCAAGCGAAGACAUUGUAAUAGUUCAAGAGAACGAGUACUGCCAGUCAGAAAGGAUGACCAUAUUCAUUGGCAUUAUCUACGCAUAUAAGGGUUUGCUAUUGGUUUUCGGUGCAUUUCUUGCGUGGGAGACUCGCCAUGUAUCCAUCCCAGCCCUGAACGACUCUCAGCAUAUCGGUCUGUCUGUCUACAAUGUGCUUAUUAUGUGUAUUAUGGGGGCUGCUAUCACAUUAGUAUUGCAAGAUCACAAGGAUGCAUUAUUCGUUCUCAUCGCCAUCUUCAUAAUUUUCUGCACAACGGGCACACUAUGUCUAGUGUUUGUACCUAAGCUCCUAGAAUUGCGACGCAACGGCCCAGGCGGCGCGGGGACAGGCCGUAUCCGCGCGACCCUCCGACCUGCGUCCACGCACGAGUGCCGCUCGCCCGGGCCCGAGCUCGAGCGCCGCAUGAAGGAGCUGCGACAGUACAACAAUAGGUACCGGAGGACGCUGCAGGCGAAGGAGAAUGAACUGCAGAUGCUGCUGAGCAAACUUGGAAGCGACGCGAGCUCUGAAUCAUCGACUACUAGAGACUCUCGCUCGCCAGCACCGACGCGGACCAGGCUACCAGUACCUAAGGAGAAUAUCAGCCAUCCUGAAACCAGUGACAUAACAUCAGUUUGCAGCCUUAGCGCAUCGGCUGGCGCUGAAGCCGAAUACAUCAAUCUUCAAAAUCAACAGCCUAUUGAGAAACCAAAGCCUUCAGCACCUCCAGAGCCACUGAAAGACCCGCCUCCUAAGGAACCUAAGAAGGAGCAAACGAAGAACGUGUCCUUCAAGAACCAUUUAGACUACACAAGUCCACCUUCUUCAAAGGCUGUUCCAGAGAAAGACCAGCUUGCUAAGUUACCGUAUGGUGGAUGGACUGCUGAGGAACCAUCAGAGCCACCGAAAUCUACUAAAGCUGCUGAACCAGCAAGAGCAGAAACAAAAACAAUACCGGCUUUGAAGACUAGCGACACUCCAACAGCCAAGUCCAUUCCUGCUAAAGUGCAGGAGCCUAUGUACACGAAGGCGGCACCACCAAAGGUCAACAAGACUCCAGAACUUCAAAAGAAGAUAAUCAAAACCCAAGACUCGUUAUCAACGAAAACGACUCCAUCCAGGGAACACAAGCCUCCACCCAGGGGUCACAGAAGGAUGUCAAGCGUCAGUCAGGCAGCAUUGCUGACUGACCUGAUGCAUGUGUCUGUUGAUCAGGAUGACUUGGAACCACCGCCAGGGAUGGAGAGGAAGGUCAUAGGACAAGAAAGAGAUCCAGUGCCUAUAAUAAAACCAAAAGUGGAGCCUGAAGAUAUCCUGGAUGUAGACCAUGAUUACUCAUCAACAGAAAGGAGAAAAUCAUGUCAAAGAAGGGACUCUGAAAAGAGGAAGAAAGAAUUCAUAGUGGUACAGAGUGACCUGUGGGAUACCACCACCUUCCAGUACACCUGCCAGAAGUCUCCGCCUGCAGUAAGUCACCACCACUCUCCAAUGCAGAGAAGUGUUUCAGAAAAGAGCAGACAGUCGCAGUCCUCGCCUCACCAUCACAGGGAGACUGACACAAGAAGUAUGGAAAGGCGAGCCUCAAAUGCUUCUAUAAACUAUGGCACCGGAACUGGUACGAGAGGUGGUACACCUGAAGGUUACCGGGAAGCAGAAACCCUCAGAAUGACGGACAGGUUAUCAAAGCGUCGAGGGUCGGAAUUCCCGCAGCCUGUCAGCACACCUCCACAGCAGAACCAAGUCAAAAGAAGACAAUCUGCUGCUCAGGUGAGAUCAUACCAAGAAGAAAGACUGGAAGAACGAAAUAAAACAAAAACUGAAUCAACACCUAGAAGACAUGACGACAUACCUAGAAAACAACUACCAGAACCUGUUCCUGAAGCAGAUUCCUGGAAACCUGAUCCUGAUACCAUCAGGGUUGUGAAAACCCAGGACUCUCCAGCGAAGAGGUUGAGGCAGGAGGCUGAACCUUUGAAGAGGGCGAAGGGUGUUGGCGACUCACCGCGACUGACGCAAGCUAGUCACCAGCCGAGGCCUGAUCACCAUAAAAGUAGUCCUAAUGUAGCUUCAAGGCAUAAAACGGAUUCACCAAGUAAACGAGAAGACCGAAAGUCAGCGGGCUACAGGAGCGACUCCAAACGCCAAGAUUCAGUGGACCAGCGUAAAAUGUAUACGGCAAGUUCUGAAUCAGAACUCUUUGAGUGCGCCAUCUUGCCCAUCUUCCACAAACUGCUUACUGAGAGGCACAAGAGCCAGCCGCAUGGACUGAACCUCAGCUACGGAGUCAGCUGUCCGAAUAUAUCGAUAAAGUGCGACAUAGUUGAGUAUUUGUAGGCAUCUAGAACAAAUUCGGUUUAGAUUAAGAAUGAAAAGGACAUAAACAGUGAUAGUUGCGUGAAUGUAAACGUGAACAUUCUAACUAAAUUUUAGGAUCUAACGAAUAUUUCGUAGGGACGUUACGACAAAAUGACGACUUGUAUAUAGUUUUUAUUAAAUUGUAUUACAUAAAUUAGGUAGAUAAAUUAAAUGAACUCAAACCUAAUUUCUUUCCCGCCGAAUGUUACAAAUAGAGGGGCGCGCAAAAAACCGUUCGAGAAUCGCUGGAACGUUAAAAUCCUGUAAUUUGUAGCUGUUACUUUAUAAAAUCAUAUUAUUAUGUAGGAAUAUGUACUUUGAUCAAACGUUUGGCCUCAAAAUUAUUUCGUCAGUUGUUAGUUGAUGUGAAAGUUGGUAGUAAGAUUCUAAAGAUACAUAAUAUUUUAGGUGUAAAUUAAUCAUCGACAAGUUCGCUCACGGGUCUUAAUGUAAAAUGUAAAAAUAAUCGAAAGUAUUAAAAUUUUAACAUCGAAUAAGUGUAAAAAGUAAUAGAGAAAUCGCACAGGUUCUGUUCUGGUCUGUCACGCACAACAAUGUCAUUUCACUGUUGGGCAAUAUUCCCAAUUAAGUAUAUUUGUUUGUAUAUACCUAGUCAAAUUAGUUGAUAGAAGUUACCUAUUUAUUAAUUUUACUUAAAUCUUAUUUGUGAAUGUUACCUACUAUGGAUGUAGUACGUACUAGUUACGAAGUCGGUUAAACGAUCAGUUGUUAAAUUCAUGAUCUACAUGUUAAAGUUGUUAAUACCGACUGUUAAAUUUAAUUAAUUAUAAUGUUUAAGAGGAAAAUUUUGUCUAUUUGCACGUAAUUUUAAAGACUUGAUAGUUAAUAAGUAUGAAAUA